AUGUCCUCAAGCUCGCGCCCUACGCAAGCAGCUGACUCGCCGGCUAAGAUGCCAUAUCCUCCACGCAGGCUUGACGCUCAACAGAGAUACGAUGAUGUUGCCCGCUCCGAGGAAAACUAUAAGCGGGUUCUCGAUUUCGAGCUGCAGUGGGCGGAUAGCCUUGUUCGCACAACGGAAAGCAUCUAUCCGCCCGAUAACGAUACAGCGGGGGGAGCACGUAGCCACAGAGAUGGGAUGCUUCGUGCGCAACAAAGGCACGCUGAAUCGCGCCAAGAACGAAUGAACAAGAGUAGAGGUAAAUUGGAGCUUCAGAAAAGAUUCAAUGAGGAGGCAACUUUGAUGAGUUGGGUCGAAACAGAGAGCGGGUCUGAUGCAGUUAACAUUCCAGAAGCAGUCGCUGAAGAAAUCGCUCGUCACAAUUUUAACACUGCAGUGUGGGAUCAGAACCUCGCCGGAGCAACUUUUUAUCCACCUGAGAGUGCAAAUGAGGCCGCAAUGGCCAAUAGAAGGUUGGUAGCCAUUGCGGAUGCAAGAGAGGCCGCAAGGGUCAGUGGAAGGGAUUCCAUAAAGAUCAGAUCGACUGCUCACUACAGAGCAGGACCAGGUGGCGGCUUAGGGACAGGUACGCCCCACAUAGUGAGUUAUAAUCGGAGAGACCCAGCGGAGGCCAGGGUAUUAAGUCCAGAAGAGGCCACAAUAAUAUAUGAAAGACAGGCCGCAGUGGGCCAGGCAAGACAGGCGGCGAUCAGAGAGGCAAGAGAGUCACCAAGGACACAUCCAAGAUGGGCCGUAGAGAUGACUCCGCGAGAGACCAGCUAUACAGAUCCAAGAGGACUUCAACGGGUCGCAAGCACGAAUCCGAAUUGGGCAACAAGGCCCGAUCCAAGACAGCUCACAUAUGACAAUCAAGAAGUCCCAAGCAUAGAUCCAAGAGGGGCCACGAUUACUGCUCCUCAGGCACUAUGGAGUACGAAUCCCAGGAAGGCAUCGAGCACCAAUGUCAAGAGGGCCAAGAAAGGAGGAUGCUUUAGCACGUGCCUUGGCGAACCGGCAACAAAACCAUGA